GGUUUCACAGCUGUGCUACUCGAGUAGAGUUUCAUUGCAAAUUAGUUUUGCCUGCGAUAUCAGCGAAAGUCAUGAAUCGACCUGUUAAGUUUGUUUUCUGCUUAGUGGCAGUCUAGGAGGUAGGAGCAGUGUCGUUUGCGGUUCAUAUUCAAUUCGGUCUGUUGCUGCUUAGUAUUGAGCCAUAAAGUGAUGACGUAGAGCAUGCAGUCUGAAGGAGUUUGACAAAAUUUCGUUAUUAUCGUUUGAAAUCUGGUUGCAAGUCAAUCUCGAUAAGAGCAUAUCGAAAGCGAUUGGUUCAACGUGCAACCUGCAAUAACUUCGAUAGGCUAUCGGACGACAAUUAGCGAUGGCCAGGUUUCGCUGACUUAACUUUGGGCUGACGAGUUUGGCCGCUUGAAAGGCCAUUAUCCUGCACGAAAAGCAACAGUAAGUGCAAAGCUAGGCAUAUUGUUGAGUUGCAACAAUGGAAUUCGCCGAAUUGAUACGAACACCCAAACUGGAUGGUGUUUUGCUGUACGAGCAGCUUAAGCGUGAACAAAUUGACGGAACGCUUUGCAUUACCGGCCAUCAUUUGAUACUGAGCACUCGACGGGAAGGAGCGCGUGAGCUGUGGCUUCUGCAUCAGAAUGUCGAUAUUGUUGAACGCAAACCGUGCGUUAUCAACAACGUCUUGGAGGGCGGAACAAUAAUUCUGAAGUGCAAAGAUCUGCGGAUCAUUCAGCUAAAGAUCAGUUCUCCGCAAGAAUAUUUUAACGUUUCUAACUCCAUUGAGCAGUUGUCGAAUCUGGAGGAAACGAAGAAACUCUAUCCUUUCUUCUAUAUUCCUAUGUACAACGUGAUGCAGGAUGGUCAUACGGAAUACUCAGUAGAGACUGAGUUUGCUAAGCUACUCGCCACUGAUGAAUGGCGAUUAACCAGUGUGAAUCAGGACUUUCGUGUGUGCCCAUCCUACGGGUCUCGAUUGGUAGUGCAAAAGUCUAUAUCGGACGAGCAAAUCAUUCAGUCUGCUGCCUUUCGUGAUGGCGGCCGGUUUCCGCUGUUAGCCUACAAACAUACAAACGGUGCCGUGUUGUUUCGGUGCUCGCAGCCUCUGUCCGGCCCAGGAGUAAAGCGGUGCCGAGCGGAUGAAGCCAUUCUGAACGCCGCGGUCGAGCCGGGCGGCAAAAAAGGUUGCAUCUUCGACACGUGGGGUAAGAGUAAAAGCACCAACACCGAAGUCGAACCUCACUAUCCGCAGUGGAGAGUUUACAGCCGGCCUGUUGGAGCGCUGGCAUCUAUUUCGGCACUUUUAGAUAGUUUUGUGAAAUUGAUGGAAGCGUGCAACGACGUUAACUCUAGCACAGAUCGGUGGCUGUCGCGGUUGGAGAAUUCCGGCUGGCUCAGCUACGUGUUGAACGCGAUUAACGUUUCCUGCGUUGUAGCGCAGUGCCUUGCUCUGGAGACGGUACCGGUUGCGGUUCACGGUGGAAAAGGUCUUGAUAUACCGCUGGUAAUUACAUCGGUGGCGCAGAUUAUUCUAAAUCCAGACUGUCGGACAAUAAAAGGACUGCAAGCCUUAAUCGAACGGGAGUGGCUGCAGGGUGGCUAUCCUUUCUCGACUCGUCACAAGCACUCGUGCUACACUCCGUCGGCGCAGCGACACAAAACUUCUAGCGCAACGUUUGUCCUCUUUUUGGACUGUGUCUUUCAACUGUACAAUCAGUUUCCCUGUAGCUUCGAGUUCGACUCACGUUAUCUGAUAAUGUUGUUCGAGCAUAGCUACUGCAGCCAGUAUGGCACUUUUCUGGGAGAUUCGGAACGCGAACGCAGUGAACUGCGGGUACGGGAACGUACGACCAGUUUGUGGAGUUACAUAAACCGACCGGAGAUAAUCGACACCUUGCUCAACCCGAUGUACGUUCCGAAUGCUUCGAUAAUCUGGCCUUCGGUGGCACCGCUCAGUAUUAUUCUCUGGUCGGAGAUGUACACCCGUUGGGUGAUCGAUCAGAGCCAAUCGCAGGCCACCCGAGACCGUAUGCGGGCGAUCAUCAGCGACGAGAAGGAGCUGGAGAAACGGGCGAAAAAGCUGCGCCGGGAACUGGCCGAAUUGCAGCGCGAAUAUCAGCAGCUAAAGCUGCUGGAUGGUGAAGCGUUCGUGCCUGAAGAGGAGGAUUACGACGAUAACGAAAUCGUUGACCGUAAGUAGAUCACAAUAACCGAUGAUGCCGGGAAGAAGAAACCUUCUCUCCGUAGCGUCAACAAAGACAUACAUAUUUUAAUCGCGAAACGUGACAUUCCCGAAAAAUUUUAUGCAAACACAUGACACUAAUCAAAAACCCCAGCAGAAAGACAAAAAAAAACUAAAUCGAACUUACUGAACGAAACAUUUCAAGCGUCAAUUUGGCUAAUGUUAAGUCCUACGGCUCAGUAAAAAGGUAAUGCAAGCUGAGUAUACAUACUAGUACACAGGCUAAUCGCAAUUAUCGUAUUAGGAUAGGAAAAUCAGUGCCCUCUGAGGUAGUUGAAUCUACCCACCAAUUGCCAUUUUAUACCUUUACCGUAUGCAUGUCAGCACCCACAGUACCAUUCAUAUGCGUUGUUUUGUUGUUAAGAAAGUUGCUCAGUUAAACGAUCUGUUCAACGCAGCAGUUUAUUAAACACUAGUCAUUUGAUAAAUACCUAGUUGAUGAUAAGUUACAAUUUUAUUGAGUGAUAGAUUUUAAGUACACAUUCGCGGAGUUUUAAUGAGUGUUAGAUGAGCGGAAAGUUAAAUCUUGAGCGGUGUUUAAAAGUAAUUGUGGAAAUAAGUUUCAAUUUAAAAACACAAUUGGGAAUGAAUAUCUACCUGUCAUGCAGAGACUUUUUACCUGUUAGUUACUAUUUAUGGUUAAUUGAGCGUAGACAAAAUUACCUUAAUGUGACCUAUGUCCAAUUGUCCACGCAUUUUAAAAAUUGGACAAUUUUCGUCUCUCCGUGCCCCAAGAGUUCAAUCUAAUGUUUGGUAGAAAUUCGAUUCUUAACAAUUUUGAACGGAGUUGUAUAAAAUCAUAGAUAGCAUAUUAUGCCAUUAUAGUAACGCGUUAUGUCAUCGAUUAUCCUUCGUGGUGUUCUGGUAAAUUUUAGUUAAACAUCAUUUUAGUAUUUUCCUGUUCUUCUAUGUUGUAAUGUAUGCAUUUGUUUGAGACUAAUAAC